AUGGCCGCCACCAAGCAAAAGGUUCAGUCCCUCAUCGACGACAACAAGGUCGUCGUCUUUUCAAAGUCCUACUGCCCCUACUGCCGCGCCACAAAGUCUGUCCUCGACGAGAUCAACGCAGACUACACCGUUCUCGAGCUGGACCAGAUUGACGACGGCAGCGCCAUCCAGGACGCCCUCCACGAGAUCACCGGCCAGCGCACCGUCCCCAACAGCUUCAUCGCCCAGAAGCACAUUGGCGGCAACUCGGACCUGCAGGGCCUGCUCAAGGGCGGCAAGCUCGAGAACCUUCUCAAGGAGGCCGGCGCUCUCAAGGCGUAA